AUGGCGUUGUUAUCAACGGCGAUAUUGGUGUCUAGCACGAUAGAAUGCUCUGCCGUGACGGCACUGGUCUCCACUUGCUACACCUUCAUCACGUAUGGCUCACCAGACCCCUUCCCAGGGUCUCCAUGUUGCAAUGCCAUGGCCAAUCUCAAGGUUAUUGCUGACACAAUUGAGAAUCGGAGAUUUGCGUGUAGAUGCUUAUUGGGCCUCAUUUCCACAUACAACCCAAAUGCUUAUGCGAUUGCUACUUUGCCUGACUUUUGUCAAGUUUCUUUGGGCUUCAACAUCGAUCCUAACACUGAUUGCAAUUUGUAA